GGGGGCGGGGCUGCCGGUGCCGCCGUGACCGUUGGCUGCGGCGAUCGUUCCCGUGGCCUUCCUGUGGCGGCAUGCAGAACGUCAUCAACACGGUGAAGGGGAAGGCCCUGGAGGUGGCCGAGUACCUCACUCCCGUCCUCAAGGAAUCCAAAUUUAAAGAAACUGGAGUCAUUACACCUGAAGAAUUUGUCGCAGCUGGCGAUCACUUAGUUCACCACUGUCCUACUUGGCAAUGGGCUUCAGGAGAAGAGCUAAAAGUCAAGGCUUAUCUGCCAACAGACAAACAAUUUUUGGUAACUAAAAAUGUACCGUGCUACAAAAGGUGCAAGCAGAUGGAGUACUCAGAUGAGCAGGAGGCAAUUAUAGAAGAAGAUGAUGGUGAUGGGGGAUGGGUAGACACCUUUCACAAUGCAGGUAUAGCGGGUGCAACAGAAGCAGUUAAGGAGAUCACUCUAGACUGUAAGGAUAAUAUAAAAAUACCAGAGCGAUCAGCAUCCUGUGAAGAUGAUGACGAGGAAGAUGAAGGAGAAGCUGCAGACAUGGAAGAAUAUGAAGAAAGUGGGCUAUUGGAGACAGAUGAUGCAACACUUGACACAAGACAGAUUGUAGAAGUUAACAAAGCCAAAGUUGAUGUUGGAGGGGAAGAUGCUAUUCUACAGACUAGAACUUAUGACCUCUACAUCACUUACGACAAGUAUUACCAAACUCCAAGGCUCUGGUUAUUUGGAUAUGAUGAGCAGCGGCAGCCUUUAACAGUAGAGCAUAUGUAUGAAGACAUUAGUCAAGAUCAUGUCAAGAAGACUGUGACCAUUGAAAACCAUCCUCACCUUCCUCCACCUCCCAUGUGCUCAGUUCAUCCAUGCAGGCAUGCGGAAGUGAUGAAGAAAAUAAUAGAGACUGUUGCAGAAGGUGGAGGAGAACUUGGAGUUCACAUGUACCUUCUUAUUUUCUUGAAAUUUGUACAGGCAGUCAUUCCAACAAUAGAAUAUGACUACACAAGGCACUUUACAAUGUAACUAAGAUAAAAGAUCCUCUAUCAAGUCUUUUUUUUAAAUAACCCAUCCAUGUGACAUACAUUAUACACAAUUUCUGUAAUUAACCUUUUAUCAAGCUGAUAGAUGAAAAUAAAAUGUUCCAUUACCAGCCUUUUUAAUAAAAGUUUUUGUGUGUAAUAAAUAAACCACUUUCAUUCCUGUAUA